ACAUAUAAAAAGGAAGCAUGGGAGCAUCACUUUCAUGCAUUUGCAUCUAGCUGCAUGAGGAAGAACUUUUGCAGUGUUAAGAGAUUCCCCGUAACUGCACUGGAAGAAGAUUGUAUUACCAUGCUGCUGUUGGCUCUAGUGCUCCCCCUGGUGGUGCAGUCGGCCCCUGCAUAUCUGCCUCAGGACUGUGAAGAUGUUUACAUUAAUAUCUCUCAGAACACUGGUGUCUACACCAUCUACCCAGGAGGACCUGAUAAACCAGUGCAGGUUUACUGUGACAUGGGCUGUGAUGAAGACCGCGGGAGGUGGACAGUGAUUCAGAGGAGAAUGGAUGGCAGCGUGAAUUUCUACAGACCCUGGGAUGAGUACAAGAAUGGGUUUGGGAACGCAAGCGGUGAAUACUGGCUAGGUCUGCAGAACAUCUUCCUUAUUACCUCAAGAGGUAAAUAUGAGCUGAGAAUUUACAUGGAAGAUUUUGAUAAAGGGAGCGUUUACGCCCAUUACACCUCCUUCUCCAUUGAUUCCGAGACAUACAGGUACAAGCUGCAUGCCUCUGGCUUCAUCAACGGAGGAGCAGGGGAAUCGCUGUUCUAUCACAACGACAUGCAGUUUGCAACUUAUGACAGGGACACCAAUGGCUGCGCAGUCAGCAAUUCUGGAGGAUACUGGUUCAACAACUGCCUCGUGUCCAACCUCAACGGCCUGUACAAGUGGGGACCUUCAGCUCCACAAAAUGCGGCAAUCGUUUGGUGCAACUGGAAAGGCUGUAAUUACUCUCUCAAGACCGUGGUGAUGAAGAUUAAACGAGCAGCUUAAGAACAUGUCUAAUGAGUAGCUUAGGGCUGAAGACAUAUCAUAUCAAUACUAUUACAAGAAAUUCUGUUGUUUCAAAUACAAACUUCUAAUGCAGAGAGAAAAGCUUUUGGGUUUUCUAGAUGUGUGGUAGUUAAAAAAUUCAUAUAAUCACAUGAUGUUGUUGGGCUACAAAUUAUAGCCUCUUGUAAAUGUAUUGGUGGCUGUUUACUGUUCAUGUUUUAUUUUAAUUUUUGGGUCUAUUUUUCCUCUCAAAGGGUUUGAAUAAAAAGCUAUAAAUGAUGAA